CUUGUCUUUACACAUUACUCAAGUGUUGCCGGCGAACCCUAAAGACUUUCCCUUCUCUCUCUCCAAAAAAUGUCUCUAUCCUCUCUCUCUCUAGACUCCAAGCCACGAUUCGCCGUCGGAGCUCCAUCUCACCACCGUUAUCCACUGCUCCACCACCCUCGGAGCUUCAUCCCCUGCUCUCCUAAGCGUCACACUAUCUCCGCGUCCCUAAGCGUCACCGCUGACUCAGCCGCCACUAAGUCCCUCGAACGAAUCGACUCACUGAGUCAAGUCUCAGGCGUGUUAGGUUGCCAAUGGGGAGACGAAGGCAAAGGCAAGCUCGUUGACAUCUUAGCACAACACUUCGACAUCGUUUCUCGUUGUCAGGGUGGAGCUAACGCUGGACACACGAUAUACAACUCUGAAGGAAAGAAGUUUGCUCUUCACCUCGUGCCUUCAGGUAUACUCAACGAGGACACAACUUGUGUGAUUGGGAACGGAGUUGUGGUUCAUUUGCCAGGUCUCUUCAAAGAGAUUGAUGGUUUAGAGUCCAAUGGUGUCUCCUGUAAAGGAAGGAUCUUGGUCUCUGACCGUGCUCAACUCUUGUUUGAUUUUCAUCAAGAGGUUGAUGGGCUUAGAGAAUCCGAGCUUGCUAAGUCUUUCAUUGGGACGACUAAGAGAGGCAUUGGUCCUUGCUACUCCAGUAAAGUGAUAAGGAAUGGUAUUAGAGUUGGGGAUCUUAGGCAUAUGGAUACUUUGCCUCAGAAGCUUGAGGUUUUGCUAGCGGAUGCGGCUGCGAGGUUUUCGGGGUUCAAGUAUACUCCGGAGAUGCUUAGGGAAGAAGUUGAAGUGUACAAGAGAUAUGCUGAGAGGUUGGAGCCUUACAUAACUGACACUGUUCAUUUCAUGAAUGACGCGAUUUUUUCGAAGAAGAAGAAGGUUUUGGUUGAAGGUGGUCAGGCUACAAUGUUGGAUAUUGACUUUGGUACUUAUCCUUUUGUUACUUCUUCUAGUCCAUCAGCUGGUGGGAUCUGCACAGGUCUUGGUAUCGCUCCGAGAGCUGUUGGUGAUCUUAUUGGAGUGGUGAAAGCAUACACUACAAGAGUAGGUUCAGGUCCAUUCCCAACAGAAAAUUUGGGACCAGGUGGUGACCUUCUUAGGUUGGCUGGACAGGAGUUCGGCACUACAACUGGUCGUCCUCGUCGGUGUGGCUGGCUUGACCUUGUUGCAUUGAGAUUCUCUUGCCAGAUCAAUGGAUUUGCAUCACUUAAUCUUACUAAGCUUGAUGUACUUUCGGACCUGGACGAAAUCCAGCUUGGUGUCGCUUAUAAGAAGAGUGAUGGGACUCGUGUGGACUCGUUCCCUGGUGAUCUUCGUCUUCUUGAAGAAUUGCAAGUGGAGUAUGAAACCUUACCUGGAUGGAAGUCUGACAUAUCCUCAAUAAGAAACUAUGCUGAGCUCCCAAAGGCUGCACAGCAAUAUGUUGAGAGGAUUGAAGAACUAGUGGGUGUGCCCAUUCAUUACAUUGGUAUUGGACCCGGUCGUGAUGCCCUUAUAUAUAAAUGAUUGUUAGGUUCGGCUCUUUUUUGGCUCUUCCUCACCCCUAAAAGCUUGAUGGAGCAUCAAGUUAUUACUCGCUUUCUAUCUGUUGCAUUGUUUCUUGUAUUGGAAUAAAGAUGAAUUAUGUGUGUUAAGCAGUGAGUUUGUUGCGUU